UUUCAGAUCUUUCCUGUCCAGUUGCUUCUUGAAACCCUUUUGAAUUCACCCGCGCUCAAUUGCAAGUAAAUUCCUUCCUUUAUUGACAAUCCUUCAUUGCUGGUGAAUGAUGCUAUCGAUUUAAACCUCAAUCGGUGAUCUUUAGUCUGGGUUUUGACGAAUUCGACGUGAAAGCUGAUUCCUGAACUCUGUGAAUGUUGUUUGCGAGUGUUUGAAUUAGAGGUUGAUUUGAUCGGGACGAUGUUUUCUUGGCGAAUAACGUAGGUUGUUGUUGUUUAGUCAUGAGCAGGAACAGCCCACCAAGGAGAGGAUACGGCGGACGUAAGGGCACGAAUAAUGGAAAGCCUCACGGUUCGAAACAUUCCCCUUGAUUGCAGGCCUGAAGCGCCUCGGGUUCCUUUCGAGAGGUUCGGACAUGUUAAGGAUGUUUAUAUCCCAAAGGACUACCAUACAGGAAGCUUGGCUUUUACAGUGUUCGAGAAACGUAUACUGGGCUUAAGAUAUGUAAAUCUGUGCAACAUUUACAUAUCUUAUUCCCCUGUUCCAAGACGAAGGCCAGAUUACUCUCAUACUCUGCAUCUCCUCCAGGAUCACCCCGAGAAGAAAAAGAAAUCGGAAAAUACAACGGGAUAAGGUCCUAUUCCCCCUGGAAACGGUAAUGAUGCUGAUCAUCCAAGUCAAGAGGAAAUCAGACGAGGAGGCAGAGGAAAAGGGUCGUGCCCCGGAAGGUCAUCUAUAAAGCUUGUAAACGGAUUCAUCAUGUGUGCAUGCCCGCAGAAGAAAUUCAACCCUUUUGAAUCUAAUUCCACCUUAUUCUAACGAUCUUUUUUUUUUUUGCAAGUUGAUAAAAUCGAAGAUGCUGCGCAUAAAGGGUUUUGGCCAGCAUGGACCGAUGUUCUAUUGAAAUGAUCUUUGUUUGAAAAACAAAUAUAGAAUCAAAGGCCUUGCGUGAAAAUAUGUAAUUUGAAAGCGCAUGAAGAGAUGGGCCCACCCACGAGGACGUAGUUGCGUGUGGAAAAAAAUCUUAGAGAGAGAGAAAGAGAGAUGGCUGUUGGGAUUUUGGAGGUGAAUCUGAUCAGUGCCAAAGGUCUCAAAUGCUCUGAUUUUCUUGGCAAGAUAGAUCCUUAUUUUGUUUUGGUCGAAUACAAAGGUCAAAUCCGUAAAACCAGCUCUGCUCGAGAGGGAGGUAGGAAUCCGACAUGGGAGGAGAAGGUGAGGUGGAGAGCAGAGUAUCCUGGCUCCGGCGGCGACUACGCUCUCCUCGUCAAGCUCAUGGACCACGACACCUUCUCCAGCGACGAUUUCCUCGGCCAAGCCACGGUUUACGUGAAAGAGAUGUUGGAGCUCGGGGCCGAGAAGGGGAAAGCAGAGAUUCAUCCAACCAAGUACAGAGUCGUCGGUGCCGAUCUCAACUAUUCCGGCGAGAUCCUUCUCGGAGUUUCCUUCUCCCUUCUCGAUAAAGAUAACGAUGAAGAAGAAGACUAUGGUGGAUGGAAGAGUAGCCAAUUCGAUUAGUCUCUUUUUUUUUUCCGUGAACUAAAUUUCCUAUUCAAGUUGCAAAAAAAAAAAAGAUCUUAUUUCAUUUCUUUGACUUGGUUGUGAUAAUGGUGUGGGGGAAAUUCCAAAUUCGGAUUUAGAUACA